CUUCCUAUUCUCCUUCAACCACUACCACCAACCUCCUCCUCUCCCCUCCCUUCACUUCCCCUCCUCCCUCAAGCUCAUCAACCUUUGUAUCCACCGCCCCCUAUCUCCCCUCGCCGCCACAUCACCCACCACCGUCGACCUUGAAGCAGAUGAAUAGCCCACCAAUGAUUUCGACAUUGACUCCCUGUAGUUCGCCCAUCAACCUGAAGCACUUGUCAUUGCCGCCAGUGGACGGAGCUUGAGGAGCACUCGGAGUAAUGGCGGAGGUCGAAGACCGCUUGGCUUUGUAAGGAGCUGCUUUCGCAUAAGCCGACGACGAUGGUGAGGAUCCUUGGCGCUCAAAGGAAGUGGGUUCGGCAGAAGGAGGUGGGUUAUGUUGUUCUCCAUUGCAAGUCAGCCUGUCCGUGAUCUCUUCAAAAAGAAUGCUGAUGCUAAAAAACUAUUGGAAAAAGUGAAGGCGUACAGAGUUACAAGGAGCGUAGAUUGCAACAUUUUCAUGAUGGGAUACAUAUAUUCCAUCAUCAAUGGCACACAUUCAUUCAUUCAUUCAACAGAAUAUGAACUUCUAGGAGGAAAGAUUGCGAUUGCAUUUGUCUCGGAGAAAUCAAAAAAUCUACUAGAAAAUAUUGUAAUUAUUGUGCAUGUUGUAAUCAUGAAUACAUUGGUUUCAGAACUAAAUGUGGAUUGA